ACACACGUGAUGGAAGGUUCGGGUAAGAUGGUUGUAACAGCUGUGGGGGUUAAUUCUCAGGCUGGCAUAAUUUUCACGUUAUUGGGUGCCACAGAGGGUGACGCUACCGCUAUUCCACCCCCACCGCCGACUGAGUUCGCCACACAAACUGCUAACCCAAACGUGGAUCGUAAUGGACGCCCGACGCCUGCCGGUCAUGGUCAUCAUGGAACUGACGAUUUGAAUAAAAGGAACGCGUCACAUGUUGCGUUUAGAGGUGAAGUUGUAUGCUUUCGUAAACCUUUCGUCCGACAAACAAGCUUGCUCAUGAAAUUCGAUAAAUUGUUCCUAAAUGCAGAUGUGGAAAUGGGGCGACUCACAGCAACGGGAGAUCAUAUAGAAAAUCAUCAACACGGAAACCUUGCUCGUGAGAAUGGUGCUGGUGGUGAUGAUAACGAAUUAUCCCCGGAUACGGAUGAAGCAGCCGACCUGGAUGCUGGUGCAAAACCCAAAAAAAGAAAAAAGAAAAAAUAUUCAGUAUUGCAGGCCAAGCUCACCCGUUUGGCCAGUCUAAUUGGUCAGCUUGGCACGGUGGUCGCGACACUCACAGUGAUCAUUCUGAUCAUCAAGUUUUCCGUACAGACAUUCUAUUUUGACAAAGAACCAUGGGAUACUGGGCGCCACCUACACCAGUUUGUCCGCUUCGUGAUCAUCGGUGUUACGGUUCUCGUUGUCGCUGUGCCAGAGGGACUUCCGUUGGCUGUCACCAUAUCCCUUGCCUAUUCAGUGAAGAAAAUGAUGCGAGACAAUAAUUUGGUCCGUCAUUUGGACGCAUGCGAAACAAUGGGAAACGCAACAGCUAUUUGUUCGGACAAAACUGGAACUCUGACAACGAAUCGCAUGACGGUUGUACAGUGCUAUCUGGGUGGGCGAUUUACGCAACGUGAGGCGGAACUCCCUCGCCUCAAUGAUCUGCAUCACCGUGUUGGACAUCGUCUUGUGCACAGUGUGGCAAUCAACAGUAGCUACACAUCACGUAUCGCAGUCCCGGCAAAGUCCAGUGAAUUGCCACAACAGCUGGGUAACAAAACCGAAUGUGCUCUACUUGGAUUUGUCCGCCACCUUGGUGUGAACUACGAGGAUAUUCGAGAGAAAUGGCCACAAGAAUCGCUAUUGAAAGUUUACACUUUCAAUUCUGUGAGAAAAUCUAUGAGUACAAUAAUAAAAGAUUUGGAGCCAAGUCGCCCUGGCAUCACAGUGUUCACGAAGGGAGCGUCAGAAAUGGUGUUAAAAAAGUGUACAUUUAUUUUGGACAAGAAUGGAGAACCACAACCGUUCACUCAGUCACACCAGGAAGCUCUUGUGCGAGAGGUGAUUGAACCAAUGGCAAGCGACGGGUUGCGAACAAUUGGACUGGCGUACAAAACAUACUUGAAUCCAGGCAUUGAUCCGGAGCGCAACGAGUUUCAACUAAGUCGGGGUCAGCUGCCCGACCUGGAUGACGAAGACAACAUUGUUGCAGACUUAACGUGCAUCGGCGUCGUUGGAAUUGAAGAUCCCGUUAGACCUGAGGUACCGGCUGCAAUCCGUAAAUGUCAGCGAGCUGGUAUAACUGUUCGGAUGGUGACUGGCGACAAUAUCAACACAGCACGUUCUAUCGCUCUCAAAUGUGGCAUAUUAAAACCAGGAGAAAACUAUAUUGUGCUCGAAGGCAAAGAAUUUAACAAUCGUGUACGAGAUCCAAAAACAAAUCGUGUGCGCCAAGAUUUGAUAGACCAGGUUUGGCCACAGCUACGUGUACUCGCCAGAUCAUCUCCGCAAGACAAAUACACUCUGGUUAGUGGGAUUAUUGAUAGCCACAUGACAACGCGUCGGGAGGUCGUGGCUGUAACGGGUGAUGGAACAAAUGACGGACCAGCUCUGAAAAAGGCUGACGUUGGAUUCGCCAUGGGGAUUGCUGGAACUGAUGUUGCUAAAGAAGCGUCCGACAUUAUACUCACAGACGACAACUUUACCAGUAUCGUAAAGGCCGUUAUGUGGGGCCGAAAUGUAUACGACUCGAUUUCAAAGUUCUUGCAAUUCCAGCUGACCGUGAACAUGGUCGCCAUUAUCGUGGCAUUCGUUGGGGCUUGCUUCAUCACCGACAGUCCACUGAAGGCAGUCCAGAUGCUAUGGGUCAAUCUUAUUAUGGACACAUUGGCUUCACUCGCCUUGGCAACAGAAUUACCAACAGAAGAAUUGCUAGAACGCGCCCCGUAUGGACGAUCAAAACCGAUUAUUGGCCGAACCAUGAUAAAGAACAUCGUUGGCCAAGCUUUGUACCAGCUAGCGGUGAUAUUCUACCUACUGUGGUUUGGUGAACAAAUUUUGGACGUGGAAAGUGGGCGUGGUCUCAGUGAGAAAGGUAUUAACCGCCCAACAGAACAUUUCACGGUGAUCUUCAACACCUUCGUUAUGAUGACCUUGUUCAACGAAAUUAACGCAAGGAAGAUACAUGGCCAACGCAAUAUAUUUUCCGGGUUGAUGAACAAUAUUCUUUUUCUUAUUAUCUGGGUGGCAACAUUCUUUCUCCAGGUGAUCAUCGUGCAGUUCGGCGGAUACGCAUUUAGCACAGCUCCGUUGCCUUUAGAACAUUGGCUGUGGUGUCUGUUUUUCGGGAUCGGCUCUCUUGUUUGGGGUCAGGUUAUUACAACCAUUCCAUCAUCAAUCAUACCCAAACGCACUCGCAAGCCUCCUAAGGGAAGGCGUGUGACGCUAGUGCCAGUGACUGAUGUGAAUGCACCAGAAACUACUGGUCUGAUGGACGCUGAGGCCGGCGGACCCCCCAUGGCUGAUGGUGGUCUGGGACAUCGUCCAAGCACAGGAUUUGUAGCCAAAGCGGCCAAUGUGGUAGCUCGCGGAUUGGGAGCAAUCUAUCCAGCUUCAGCACCAGAAGAGGAAGAAGAAGACGAGGAUGAGGAACACGAAAAUUUGACCGGAUCGGAACUGAAAAAUACGGGACAAAUAUUGUGGAUCCGGGGUCUUUCACGAUUGCAAACUCAGGCGGCCCGAGAACCUAGUUUAGAUACGCGUACAGACGAAUGGAUGGGUCGUGUCCGACGAUUUACACUGAGUCAGAUUAAUACAGAGGGCAUGGUCCAUCCUCUUGUCUUGGCCGCAAGACGUCAGAGUACGACAAUGCAAGAGUCUACGCAACAACCAGGUGCACUUUAUCGUGCACGGACCCAAGAUUUACCCGAAGAGGAUGAAGAGAUAAGAGUGAUCAACGCAUUUAGAGCCGGAAUACCGUCUCGACUGGAUGUUUUGCAUCGAUUUGGUUCGGUUAACUUGGACCGUGUGCCCGGCCGAUCAGCUUCAAUUGGAAUGUUCGGUCGAUGCAAUGCGAGUACCCGUGGAUUCAAUCCAGAGAACCCAGCCAUGCAAUAGUCCAGCAUAUUCACAGAGCAUAGAUUUAUUCUGCAUCGAGCUACAUGACUUUGUUGAUACCGUAAUUCACCAGCUUUGUUGUUGAGCAGGUUAAGAGAGCAACCUUGGCAAUAUUUACCAACGGCUGACUGCCGUCCUUUUCGCACCUCUUGAAACAACCCUUACAAACUCAUUUUGCUCCCAUCAGAUUUUCACCAUAUUUUAUCCUUUUCUUCCUUUAGCAACGAAACCUUCCUCGUAUCACCCCAAUAGUUGGAAAAACCGAUUCAGGAAUUCAGGUAGAACUGGUUUGUAUGUCGAUAUCAAGAGGAUCCAUUGUAGACCGAUUCUAACCCCAAUUCCAUUCACGUGCUACUUCAAUGACUCUUGUCGGUCCUGUCAGUCUCCCUUUGAGGACCAAAUGUAAAUUAGUCCCACAAUUAUAGAAAACGAAACAUUAAUACUGAAUAAGCCAGAACCAACGAAAUAACUAUCGGUUUAUCACUAGGGGUGGAAAAUAUGAGGGAAAUCACAACUGGCAGAACGGAACAACACUCCCUGGAGAAUUUUCCCCUAGUUGCCGAACAAAGAACAUACUACGUAGGCUAUAGCCGUGAUCUAUCCGGCUAACCUGUACCCGCCCCGUUCCCGAAAAUCAUAAUGUACCCGGCCCUUGUUUUUUGUAUCUAUGACAUUUCGCUCAAUUUUUCCUCGAACAUUCCUAGAUGCCAUUAGCCCACAGAUCUCAACAUUCACUUCUACGCUACUGUAGCACGAAAUAUUAGCGAAUUCAUUUCAAUGAUGCAUAAACAAACGCGUACUGUUUCCUCUGGUUAUCUCUACAGCACGUGUUAUAAAAUGUAGGCCUUCAGAUCAUUGAUCAAGACACUUAAAUUCCCAAAAAGCGGACACCUUUUGGACCAAGUCAAACCGUUCGCUUCAAGGGAGAAUUUGCUCUGCUUUGGAGAAGUAUCAUGCACGGGAACAAACGACUGUGUCGG